UCCUGGGGUGGACUGUGGACAUCGUCUCCGCUGCUCCUCCAGUGGGACGACGCGUCCACCUACCCAAAUAGAAUCAACAAAGCACUGUGUAAAAUUACACAACCAAAUCGAUCGGAAAAUAAAUACUGUACAAGUCUGUAACCAAGAAAAGAAAAAAGAAAAAAGGAAAAAGAAAAAUGGCGAUUUUGAAAACCAAAAAGAGACAACAAAACCCUAACGAUUGUUGGAAUCAAUUUAUAAGAUUCUCUUCCAAGAAAUUCUUUCGUUUACUGUUGAUUCUCAUUUUGUUAGCUCUUAUUCCUCCGAUUUUCUUUCAUUUUAGACUCAGACGAAUCCAAAAGUUACAAGCAAAGAAAUGUGGUUGGAUUAAGAAUCCUCCUUUAGUAUGUGCUCAUGGUGGUGAUCCAACUAAAGCUUUCCCCAAUACUAUUUCUGCAUAUCAUAGUGCCCUUAGCUCUCAAGUUGACUGCAUUGAGGUUGAUGUUUCUCGUUCUUCCGAUGGAAUUUUGUUCGCUCUCCAUGAUAGGGAUUUGCAGCGAAUAUCUGGUAACGAGACCGCAAAAGUUGGGUUCUUGACCAGGAAAGAGGUUAGAGUUCUCCUGAUAAAAGAAUUGGGUGUCAAACAUCUGUCCCAUCAAGAGUUUCACGAACAAGAAAUGUCAACAGUCGAAGAUGCAUUGAUGUUAAUAUCUAAAUCAGUUCGGCAUGUAAUCUUGGAUGCAAAAGUGGGGCCUCCAAAAUAUGAGCAGGGACUAGCAAAAGAUAUUCUUUCUAUUGUAAAGAGAACACAGUGUCAAAAUUGUAUCAUUUGGGCUAAAAGUGACACGUUAGCUAGGGAUAUAAUCAGACUAUCGUCUGACGUGACGGUUGGUUACAUUGUCAUGAGUGAUCCUGUGACUGGUGCUAGAACCAACUUACUAAGAAUGAAAAAAGCUGGUGUUGUUGGGGUGUAUCACCCUUUAGUUGAUGACAAGCUUGUGAGAGUUCUUCAUGGGAGGAAUAAGAAAGUUUAUUCUUGGACUGUCGACGAGGCAGAUUCUAUGCGGAGAAUGCUAAUUGAACAAGUAGAUGGUGUUGUUACCAACCAUCCUGCGAAGCUUCGACGGCUCAUGCAAGACAUUCAAACUCAAUGCCUUGAGGAUGGGUUCCCUUUGCCCAGAUAAUAACCUCUCUGUCUGUUUCUGUCUCACUCUCUCCCCAGGUUAACUUUACUUGAAGUUAAACGAGGUACCAUGCCAUAGAGUCUCUGUGGCUGGGAGCAGAAGGUUCUUCUUGAGCAAGAGAAUAUUGGCACGUUCCUGAGGUUCUGCUAAGUAACGCUCA